UUACACAUAGUUCCCAGAAAAGUGGAGGAAAAUGAAACAAUCCGGACUUAUGGUAAAAUACUACCCCCCAAAUUUGCAGUGGUAUCUCCUAUCAAGAGAAGCCUCCAGAUCCAACAUGGCGCUGGAAAAACCGUACAGCGAUAAAGACAGGUUCAUCUGUAUCUAUCCUGCGUACAUCAACAGUAGGAGGACCAUCCCACAGGGCAGGAGGAUCCCACAGGAGAAGGGAGUAGACAACCCCACAGCCACAGAGAUCAGAGAUGUGUUACAGGCUGGGGGCUUCACUAUUGUACUAGAGAACAAAGCGUACGCCAAAGAACUGUUUCACAGAGACCCAAACCUACGGGGUCGGAUCCGGGUUCAGCUCAAGAAUGACGAUGGCUCACCAGUAAAUGACAAGUAUCCUAACAGGAAGUCUGUGUACCUGUAUGUAGCAGAAACCAUUCCCAAGCUGAAGACCCGGGUACAUGCGUCAGGGGGCGCUUCUUCACAGCAGGGUGGUGACAAGGGCAAGAAGGGAAAGAAGAAGGGGAAGAGAUAGAUAUAUCAUUGAAUCUUGGCUUCUAAAAUGUAUCUUCUAUAUCUACCAGUUCAGUCACUUUUAAUGUUUAUGGCUUUCUUUAAAAGUCACUGGCAGUUGUGGCUUCGUAAUUCAAUCCCUUGAUUUUCUAACCGAUCAUCAAAACCAGUAGCCAUUUCUUCUUUCUUUACACUAUAUAUAGGAUUCUGGAAAGUCAAAUUGCCAAUGCAAUGAAUACAGCAACUUCCCAUUUUAGGACUAUGGCCUGUCGAACACUUUGGGUUUGAAAGAGCACUAUGUAUGUAUUCCUAAUAUUAGUACAUGUACUAGUAUAUUGUUUGCUGAAACAAUACACUGCAGUACCAACAAGGCAAGAUAGGUGUCACUGUGAGACUGCAACCUACAUGACCAAGUUGAGUUAAAAAAACACACUGAAUACCAGAAUAUUACUGUUUUCCCUAUCCUGUUUUAAAACCAGUUUUAAAGAAGACUGUCUUGCAUUCUGUGUAUUUUGUACUUCUUUUUGGGUUGAAUAGCAAAAUAAAGGAACCCCGAACAGUACUUUGUAGACCAACACUAUUUACACCAAGUGUAUUUCUAUUAGGAUUUUACCAGGGACAGUAUUAGCUACACGUUCUCAGGUGCUUGUAGGAAGCAUAUUUAAUUUACUUCUCCAAGGUCAAAACCAAACUUGUGUUGAUAUCUGAAAAAGAUGGGCAGCAUUUACCUCUUAAGUAUGAAAUUAUCAUUUAAUUCUA